AUGGCCGCCAUAGUUCUCAUGUUGCUUCGAGUAAUUCUGGUCCUCGUAGGGUACACGUUCGCUGCGGAAAACGGAAGUACCACUCGUUACUGCGAACUAGUUGACUCUCUUAUACCGGGCAGUGUGUCGUAUGCUGAUAACCCAGUGUACCGCGAGUCUCUCUCUUCCUACUACUCCGGUCAGGAGAGCGACCUGCGACCUGGUUGUAUUUUCAGCCCAAAGAGCGCGUCUGAAGUCUCUCUAUUCGUGAAGACAGUCACAUCCAAGCAAGAUUGCUCCAUUUCACCGCAGUUUGCCGUCCGAAGUGGUGGCCAUACAAUAUGGAGUGGAGCGGCCAAUAUAGACGGCGGGAUAACAGUUGACCUCAGAGCGAUGAACACACUGGAACUAAGCGAAGAUAAAACUGUCGCUUAUGUGGGUGUUGGGGGUAUCUGGAGUGAGAUAUACGCACAGCUUGUGCCUUACAAUCUUACCAUCAUGGGUGGCAGAGUGGCAGGCAUUGGAGUUGGUGGGCUCGCAACCGGAGGGGGCAUUCACUAUCUGUCCCGCCGCAAUGGCUGGGUGUGCGACAACGUCUAUAACUAUGAAGUGGUGCUAGCCAGUGGUGAAAUCGUCCAAGCAAGUGCUGGGUCAUAUUCAGAUCUUCGGUUAGCCUUGAAGGGUGGUUCAAACAACUUCGGAAUUAUCACCCGCAUCGACGUUCCUACCUGGCCUCAGGGACUAAUGUGGGGAGGAAGCCGAAGCCUUAGCGACUUUAUGAAGCCGGAGAAUUUCGACGAUGCAGCAGAUAUGGGUAUGGCUCUGAUCUUUCAGAAUCCUGGUAACGUUUAUGCAAUUGGAAAUUCACUUUAUUAUGUCGAAGCCGUGGAGAAUCCUGCCGUUUAUCAGCCGUUCAUCUCAAUACCGGGACAGGUUGGUAGACAACUCGUUUUUGCGAACGCUAGUACGUUUCCGAUCCAAGCAGGUGGUACUCUACCGCCGGACACUCGACGCGCGAUCGACAUUGUCUAUUCAUUCAAGAAUGGAGGGCCUGAUAUCUAUUCAAGUAUUUUCGAAUCCUGGGAGAAUGGGACUAAAGUCCUUGCUGCUAUUGAAGGGCUUCAGCUUGUCUUACUCAUGCAACCACAUCCAGUGACCAACGGAACGAACUCUCUCGGAUUGCCCCCAUCGGAGAAGGACAUUGUGCUGACAGUGAUCACUGCUGCGUAUGCCCAUCGCGAAGAUGACGAAAUGGUACAACAUGAGAUGCAGAGUAUCAUCGACAGCCAUGUGUCGCUGUUGAAGAGGCAUGGGCUUUAUAUCCCCUUUGAAUACUUGAAUUAUGCCGACAAGUCUCAGGAUCCGAUUGGGAGUUACGGCGAGGAGGUGAAGUGCCGCUUGCAGGAUGCGAGUAGGAAGUACGACCCGGACGGGGUCUUUCAGACGCAAGUUCCCGGUGGCUUCAAAUUAUUCAACUAA